AUGGGGUCGGCGUCAGUGGAACUGCCAGAGGACGUCCUGAUGCUCAUCCUCGCCGCCCUUGAGGUUCCUGACCUCGUCCGAGCUGGCUCCGUCUGCUCGUCUUGGCACGGCGCCUACACAAGCCUCCGCGACCUCGGGCUUUGCAAGCAACAGCAGACACCGUGCCUCCUGUACACUGCUAAAUCUGCCGGUGCCGGUGCCGCAGGUCUCUACAGCCUCGCCGAGAAGAAACCAUACACAUUAGCUCUCCCAGACCCACCGAUCCGUAGCAGGUAUCUGAUCGGCUCAGCCUACGGAUGGAUUAUUACCGUCGAUGACAGGUCGGAGCUUCACCUCGUCAACCCAAUCACGGGCGACCAGAUCGCUCUGCCGUCGAUCACCACCAUUGAGCAUGUGACGCCCACAUACGAUGACAAUGGCGCCGUUAAGGAGUACUACUCAUGGGCCGCUAUGCAGGACGAGUCUGAAGACCCGCCCUCAGUCUUCGGCCUCAGCAAGCUGAGGGACUACUUCUUCACGAAGGCUUUUCUGUCAUCUGAUCCGUCCACGGGGAGCUACAUUGUUGUUGUCAUCCAUAACCCACGCUGGCAGAUUUCAUUUGCGAGAGGUGGGGAUGAUUGCUGGACUUGGUUGCCGCCGUAUGAAUUCUUUGCAGAUUGCGUCUUCAAGGAUGGCCUGCUGUAUGCGCUGACUAAUUUUGGAGGAAUCCAUGCAUUUGAUUUCAGCGGCCCUGCAGUAAAGCAAAAGGUUAUUUUGGAGACCGUGAAGGAUUACAUCUUUGAGAAUAUGUACAUCGCUGAAGCUCCAUGUGGUGACCUGCUGCAAAUUUGGGGGGACUACCACUCUAUAGAUCAGGUUAAAGAUGUUUCACAACCUGAGUUAAACCCACUAGAGGAAGAUGACGACUUCUCAGAACCUGAAUUUGACUGUGGGACAUUUUUGCACUGUUCCACUCUGUUUAAAGUGUAUAGAGUGGACUUGACAGCAAAAAACCUUGUGGAAAUAAGUAGCUUGGGUGAGAAUGUGUUGUUUCUUGGGCAGAACCAAUCAUUUUGUCUGCGUGCUGAAGAACAUCCCCAGUUGAAGGCAAAUCAUGUCUACUUCACUGAUAAUGACGAGUACAUGCCUUUCGGACGUAAGAAUAUCAGCCGUGAUAUUGGAGUUCUCGACUUAGGUAAUAACACUAGAGAGAAGAUUGUAUCCCCUCAGAUUUGGUCCAACUGGCCAAGCCCUGUGUGGAUGACUCCAAACCCGAGAAAGAUGGAUUCAGCCAGUGGCAGAUCCACCGGGGGGACAGCCGGGGCUCAAGCGCCCCCUGCCGGCUGCCGGCGCCUUGUUUUUCGGCAUGGAUGGAGUGUGGCCUUUUUGUUUCUAUUGUUUUCUCUUUUUGUGUCAUGGUUUAUCUAA